AUGGGAAUACCAGAGAAUUGUGUUGCAGAAAGCAGCGCAAGUUCCAAACUGAAAUCAUUUUUCCACAAAACUGAAAUUGAGGAACUAUCUGUCCAUAACUUCCGAUCAGAUUACCAAAGCAUCGACACGAAGAAGGACGUUGCAAGAGGUCUCACUUACAAAAUCAACCCAGCCGCCACAGAAAUCGCAAACAUUUAUGAGGUAAAAAAUUCGAACCCAAUGGUGGACGAAUUUGUGUCCACAAAAAUGAAGAUAAGAGUCAGAGCACCUAGCUUGAUAAAAUUCGGCUCCAAUCAAAUUAAACUUUUUGAUGCCCAAGAUAUCGUGGGUUAUUCAAGCAACAAACGCUGUUUGGAGCCUCAUGCUUCUGAUUCUAUUUUACUAGUCAAAGAACAAGAUCCUCGAUAUUUUGAGGAAGAAAAUGAAGCAGACUGGAAUGAAAGUAUUGCCAUCGAAAAUCGAGUAGUUUUGGAAGGUAUGUUGAGGUGUUGGGAUGCGUGUGGGAUCCCAGAAAGCGAGUUUGACGCCAAGGAUAUGGUCAUGACAGUUCAAAAAUUAAGCUAUGGUAUUCUCCAAGCGCUCUCUAAUCAAGGAGCAGUUAGUAAAAUGGUCAAGCAAUUUGAAUGUGCUGAACUAAGUGAUGACUUUGAAGAGUGUUGGUUGGAUCUUUUAGAAGCUUUACAAUUGGAAGAUGACUUGAAAUCAAAGGACAACGCUUUGGCGGAACAACUGCAAAUAAACAAUGCGCAGCAAAAAGAAAACAAACAAUUGGAGGAGCGCUUGGGAAAUCUGGAAAUGCAAUUAGACGAUCAAUCGAGGCUGCAAGAGUCAUGUCGAGAAAACAUUCUGAAAAUAGAAGAACUCACUAAAGUAAAUGAAGCUCAAAGCGCCAAGCAUCUCGAGGCAUGUGCAACUUUGAGUAAAUUGGAGCUCGACUUCGAAGAGAAAGUCUUCAAGUAUGAAGCUUUGAUCAAAGAAAACAGCGAGCUUCGUAAUGAUUUAAUGACGUGCGAGAAAGAUCUUGAGAAAAGCGAAACCCAUGUUGAGCGUUUGCAAAGCAGUAUGGCCAGUACGCAAACAGAACUAAAGCAAAAUUUAGAUGCAACCAACGAGCACUGCAAUCAACUGGCAAAGAAAUGCGAAGAUGUUGAAAGGAUCUGGAAACUAAACCAUUCCCUCAUGGUUGGUGAAUGUGAACAACAGAAGCUCUAUUUUCAACAGUUACAGCAGGACACACAAAAAGCAAGAGAGGACGCGGAGUGGUAUAGACAACGGAAUAAUGAGUUAUUUCUGGCUUUGCAAACAGCUCGGGAACAAAUAGAAACUUUUGAGACGCGCCACAGGGAAGCCAGCGAAGCAUUGUCCAUUGUAUCAAAGCAAAUGGAAACGUUAUUGGCUUUCAAAGAGAAGGCAAAGACUAGAAUUAUUUCUCUUAGAAAUUCCAAACAUGAGCUGAAGGCACGCAAUAAACAAAUUGAACACUUUGAUGAAAUUUUGAGACAGCAGCUUAACGCAGCGAUUGAACAGUGCGAGAGGAAAGCACACGAAAAUCAAAAACUUUCAAGAAAAUUAGAAGGGGCCCAAAAAUAUGUGCAGGACACUACAACCUUAUUUCAUAAACCAUUGUCUCCUCUCGAUCACAAAAGUAACAAGAAGCGCAGGCCUUUGCGGAUAAUGACGAAUCAAAUUGACGCCUAUUAA